AUGGCUUCCAAGGCAGCGUACAGACGGCUCAGCAAGGAGUACAUCGCCAUGCAGAAGGAGCCGCCUCCGUUCGUCUGGGCCGCCCCAGAUGAGAAGAACAUCCUGACUUGGAAUUUCAUCAUCCGAGGUCCCCCUGAUUCCCCCUAUGCGGGCGGAGAGUUCCAUGGCGUCCUUCUCUUCCCGUCGGAAUACCCCUUCAAGCCACCAGGCAUCAAGAUGUUCACACCCUCUGGUCGCUUCCAACCAGACAAGAAGAUCUGCUUCUCCAUGUCUGAUUUCCACCCAGGCUCUUGGAAUCCUGCAUGGAGCGUAGCAACAAUAUUGACCGGGCUUCUCUCCUUCAUGCUCGCGGAUGAGAUGACGACGGGAUCUGUCACGACAACCGACGCUGAGAAGCGCGUCUAUGCCGCCCGCAGCCACUCCUGGAACCUCCAACAGAAGCGAUUCAAAGAUGCGUUCCCCGAGGUAAGCCUCCUUCUCCCGAUCUAG